CCAUUGGGGCUGCAGCACUAGUAGCACCCAGAAGUGAACAAAGCGACCCGGAAGCGUUGCCCCGACUGGAGGCAGGCAGAAAGAGCAUCCAGCCUUUUCUGUAUAUGAAAGCUGUGCUCGCAAGACAAUACCUGCAGUCAGGACCAAAGGAUGGCAGAGCCACGAUUUAACAACCCUUAUUUUUGGCCGCCACCGCCAUCCAUGCCUGGCCAGCUGGAUAACCUGGUGCUCAUAAACAAGAUAAAGGAGCAACUGAUGGCCGAGAAGAUUCGACCCCUGCAUAUGCCGCCUACUUCCACGCCUUCCCAGCAACCUUUGCUGUUGCCCACCUCAUCCCCCGACGGCGGCGGCUCCCAGCAUGCGAUGUCAGUUCCCAAACUACAGUCGCAGCAAGUGACGGGCCACCACCCGCAGCAACAGUCGGAUAUCACUUUGCAUGCUCGUUCAGGUUCUGGACCAGAUGGAAAUAUGGACGACAAGUCGGCUGUGAAGGCUAAAGGGUUAUGGGAAGACUGGCAUAUGAGGCAACUAAGCGAGCAGCACGCCCGCGCCAACCAUCGAUCAGGUCUGGCUCCUUCAUCCCGACCCGAAAGUCACAGCACCUCCGAUGCGCUAACCCCCACAACGCCAACUUCCAGCAGUCAGAACCGCCUGGGUGGCGCCCCCUCAGUCAACAUCAUCUCUGGGCUGGCUACUGGUCCUGCCAUGGACCACAUGAAGGUUGGAGGUUUGGCGGGACUGUUGGGCCCGCCACCCAAGGCACCACGGGGACGAAAGAAGAUCAAAGCUGAGAACCAGUCGGGUCCUUUGCUGGUAGUCCCCUAUCCUAUUCUGGCAGACCAAGGCUGCAUCACUGUGGCACCCAAAGAGGGCAAAACAUACAGGUGCAAAGUGUGCCCACUCACCUUCCUGACCAAAUCAGAAAUGCAGAUCCACUCCAAGUCCCACACAGAGGCCAAACCACACAAGUGUCCGCACUGCUCCAAGACAUUCGCCAACGCCUCCUACCUGUCCCAGCACCUGCGCAUCCAUCUGGGCAUUAAACCCUACCAUUGCUCCUACUGUGAGAACUCUUUCCGCCAGCUCUCACAUCUGCAGCAGCACACCAGAAUCCACACCGGCGACCGGCCUUAUAAAUGUGCUCACCCCGGAUGUGAAAAGGCAUUUACCCAACUGUCCAAUCUCCAGUCUCACCAGAGGCAGCACAAUAAAGACAAGCCGUACAAAUGUCCCAACUGCUACCGUGCCUACGCCGACUCUGCAUCGUUGCAGAUCCACUUGUCGGCGCACGCCAUCAAAAACGCCAAGGCAUACUGUUGUAGCAUGUGUGGCCGGGCUUACACCUCAGAGACUUACCUUAUGAAGCACAUGUCCAAACACACAGUGGUGGAACACCUAGUGAGCCACCAGUCCCCUGAGAGGACCGAGUCCCCCAGUAUCCCCAUACGGAUCUCCCUUAUCUGAGCUGCCUGGCGCCCAGUAUCGGUUCUAUUAAGCGCCCAUAUUAGGCGCGAGCUUCACAGGCCCUGCAGCGGCGGUCAUCUACAUAAGGCUUAAAUUAGCAUUAUGACAGCUGACGUAAGCAUUCAGUGCGAGAGUCGGGAACGGGGGCGCCAUUUAGUGAAUGUACAAUACAGCUAAUGUGGUCCGGAUGAUAAGCACGAGGUGGCAAAUAAUGUCGUGCGUCAGAUCUAAGAAGCACUUUCUCGUACGCAUCAUGUAAAGUUUUUCGUAAAGAGUCCUCUCGGAGAGGAGAUGAUUCUUUAUGAAUACGGGCUCAGAUCAAUUGGCCAUCAAACAUUUCUGUAUUUUUUUUUCUUCCUUCUCCAUCAAAUGGGAUUUCGAGAUAUACCAGAUGAUAGAUUCCUCUGAGAAAAAUAAUUGAUAAAGCUGUACAGUAAAAUGUUUGCUGGGUGUGUUCUGGAGACAUCCAAAGAGAAUCUUGAAGCACUUUUUAGGCCUCGUUGCUUUGGCUCAAAUUGUUGAAAUCAUGUUGGUUGGGCAUUAUCUGUGGCAGCUAGGAGCAGUGACCGUGUUGAAAAAGAAAAGACUAUUCUCUUCCUGUUGUUUUACUCGCAUGGUUGUUCAAGAACACGUUUACAGGGUCAUCGAAAUUUCAAGAGGCAAUCGUAGAUGACAAUGGAAGCAUUCAAAGAUUGUAUUGUUUUGUUGAUGUGAGGAUGGAAGGCGUAGAGAUCCAUAAAGGGAAGCAAAGUUCUCAACCCCAUUUCAAUCCUUCACUCACUUAUUUGAUGGCACCUUGGUGAUCGCAUCACACAAUCACAGUAACCUUUUUAUAAAUGACCAUUCCCUCUGCCCUUCAUCCCACGCCCUGCAAACUAGUGCCAUAUGUUGUAAGCCAGUCUUGAAUUAUUAAGCUUUAUUUUACAAGUAUGAGCUUCACACAUUACUGGUGCCAGGACUAAUCAGCCAUACUUGCCACCCCGGCUAAAAACAACAUAUCGAAACAAAAAAGUAUCCACUUAAUUUUACUUGAGUAGUGAGCAUUAACUAAUCAUUGGACCAAAAUGUGAAGUAACUCCAGCAACUGUACAGCAAGGAUUUUGUCAGAAGCUUUAUGCAUAUGUAAUGAACUGCAGUAUAAACAAACAUCCAUGAUGCUUUAACGGUUUAUCUGGAGAGUCUUUAUAGCAUUUUACUUUUGCCACAUGUGAUUUUACAGUCUUAUUACAAAUUUGAAUCAAUUCUUUAUUUCUUCAAUUCUACACACAAUGAUAUUUUUUUGGAAAAAGCUUACCUAAGAAGUGAAGAAGUAUUCACAGCCUUUGCUCAGUACAUUGUUAACAGACCUUGAGGAGCGAUUACAGCUAGUGAUGGGAGAAUGAAGCUUCAUAUUUGCUUCAUGAACCAGUUGUAUUUCUUGACUCUUGAAACUGGCACUCUGUUCAAUGUUGGACUGAAAGCACACUGACUUACCAUUUCUUAAACUCCUUUCUUUGUAACCAAAAUUCAUCUAGAGGAGUCAAAAAUUAUAACUGGUUCACAAAGCAAUGUUGAAGCUUCAUUUUUCCGCUCACUAAUUAACCUCAAGUCGUUUUGACAUGAUCCAUAGGCGGGAAAAUACUUGGUGCGCAAAUUUGCAAUGACAGACUUGAACUGGAGUGAGAUUUUUUACACUCUUUUUCAACAAGGUAACACAAAACGGAAAAAGUGAAGUGCGGUGAACAUUUUCUAAAAUGUAUUGUACAUGCCAAGAUUCAUGACGCCAUUUACGUUUUCUCUCGCGUAGUAUUAUUUCGACUGAUCAUAGUAUUUGUUGUUUCCGUUUUACUUCUGAAGCUCUUGAUGGUACUAUUAGGGCACGUGGUAUCCUUCAAGGCACUAGAGGAAAGGUGCUAUAGCAAGGCGUCACGUCCAAGAAGGAAACACGCGAACAAUGUACAAAAGUAAACUAAGAAGUCUGAGUCCAGGACUCAAGUAAAUCAAUGACCUGGGCAACUUUUGACAUUUACACCAACAACAAACCCUGCCUCUUGAACUUAAUUAUCUCUGUCUUUGGAGAUAAUGGGCAGAAUGUUGCUGUUCAUUUUUGCUGUACUGUAUAACACAUUACUCAUUUAUAAUAUCUAUUUUUAAAGGUUUCAUAAAUAGGUUUUGUUUGGGGAAUUACCUUUGUAUAUUAAUCUUUUAUAUUGUUAUUUUACAUGUAAGCCUUAACUUGUGUUAUCAUCCCACCUCCAUUAUUCUGUAUUGUGUUCUGCAGUAUUCUGUCCUGUAAACAUUGCUUUUUCUUCUUCCCUCCUGCAUGGAGCUGUAAUCUGUAUAACUGUCUAACCUGAGUUUCUUUAUGGAAAAAAUAUUGAGUAGAUUUAUUAAAAAUUUUCUUGUCUUGCAUUGUGGCUUCAUAUACGGUUUCUAGACAACUAAAUAUGCACAACCAAGACUGAAAAGUAACCCAUGGGUUAACAAUGUUCAAACUAAAAAAAAAAAAAAGCUUUGUAUCUUUACCUUGUUUAAUAAAGAGACUGUUUUAAAUUCA